AAUAACCACAUUCCUCACUACCAUAAUUAGCAUUUCAUUUCAUUUUCUCCUAAACCUAAGUACUACGUAACGUAUUUCAUAUACAAAAAAUUGCAUAAAGAUAAUACUAGAGAAGUAAUAUACAAUUAUCAUAUGGCUCAUUCUAAGCUUAUAGCAGCUGCAUUGUUGAUUUUACUCUUUGUUGAUCUUGCCUUUUGUGCAAGAUUAGGAAAGACGGUAAACGGUGGUGGUGGAGGAGGUGGAGGAAGAGGUGGUGGUGGUGGCGGUGGUGGAGGGUUAGGUGGGUCAGGUUCGGGAUAUGGUGAGGGUGAUGGAGUGCUUGGACGUGGCGGAGGAGGUGGUGGAGGAGGUGGUAGUGGAGGUGGUGGUGGAGGAGGAAAUUCGGGGAGGGGUAGUGGUUCUGGAUAUGGAUCAGGGUACGGGUCAGGUGAAGGAGUAGGUAAUGGUGGAGGUGGCGGAGGGGGUGGUGGUCGUGGUGGAGGAGGAGGUGGUGGCAAUGGAAAUAAUGGUUCAGGAUAUGGUUCGGGUUAUGGAAGUGGAAGUGGCUCCGGGUAUGGAAGAGGUGCUGGAAGAUCAGGAGGAGGUGGCGGAGGCGGUGGCGGUGGUGGUGGAGGCGGCGGUGGAGGAAAUGGCAAUGGUUCAGGGUAUGGUAGUGGCUCAGGUUAUGGAUCAGGAUAUGGUGGAGGAAAUGGAGGUGAUGAACCUUGAACUAUUGAAAUGAAGUUCAUGUAUACAUAAAUUUGAUAUAUUUGGUAUUUGCAUUAUUUAUUAUAUGGAAUAAAUUGCAUGGUUUAACCACCUUUAUUCAUGUGGUGGUAAACUUUGCUUUGUUUGUGUAUGUAAUCAAAUUUUAAUAUAUGCUAUAUUAGUAACUUACCAAGUA